AUGUAUUCUCUGAUACUCCAUGGAAGAAGGUCGCUCGAGCUGCAGAAAUGGCGUAAUCUGAGAGUUUCAGUGAAAUUUCUGCAAAAUGAAUCUGCUUUCUCCAGCUCGUCCUCCUCUGCGAAUGUGAGCCCUCAAGGAAACAAUUUCACCGUCUCUUACCUAGUCGAAUCACUGGGUUUAACUACAAAACUCGCAGAAUCGAUCUCACGGAGAGUCUGCUUCGAAGACAAGGCAAAUCCGGAUUCCGUUCUAAAUCUUCUCACAAGUCAUGGCUUCGAAGAGUCUCAAAUCUCCAAAAUCAUCACUACUUACCCACGAUUGCUCAUAGAAGAUGCAGAGACAUCUCUUCGUCCCAAGCUUCAGGCUCUCCUGUCGCGAGGCGCUUCAAGCUCAGAGCUCGCCGAGAUUGUUUCGAGAGUUCCGAAAAUCUUGGAAAAGAGAAAAGGAAAAUCUAUAAACUUGUACUAUGAUUCCGUCAGAGACAUUAUGCAGGACGGUGAGUUAUGUGAUUCUAAGCCUGUGAAUAGGAUCCGAAACAUAUCGGUGUUGAGAGAAUUGGGUGUGCCUCAGAAGCUCUUGUUCUCACUGCUCAUCUCCAAUUGCCAACCUGUUUGCGGGAAAGAGAGAUUCGACGAAAGCCUCAAGAGAGUCGUCGAAAUGGGUUUUGAUCCGACCAAGUUGAAGUUUGUGGAAGCUCUUCACGUAGUCUACGAAAUGAGCGACAAGACGAUACAGGAGAAAGUAAACGUGUAUAAAAGGCUAGGGUUUAGUGAGAAAGAUGUGUGGAGGAUUUUCAAGAAGUGGCCUUACUCUCUGAAAUUCUCUGAGAGGAAGAUAAAGCAGACGGUUGAGACCUUGAAGAAGUGUGGUCUGGUGGAGGAAGAGGUUCUCUCGGUGUUGAAGACUCGUCCGCAGUGCAUUCGGUCUUCGGAGCAGAAGAUAUUGGAGACCGUUGAAACGUUUCUUGGGUUAGGUGUCAGCAGAGAUGAGUUUAAGACGAUGAUCAAGCGGUUUCCUCAUUGCAUUGCGUACUCUGCGGAGUCGAUGAAGAAGAAGUUUGAGUUUCUGGUGGAGAAGAUGGAUUGGCCACUAGAGGAUUUGGUUUUGAUCCCAACGAUAAUUGGAUACAGCAUGGAGAAGAGGAUUGUGCCGAGGUGUAACGUGAUCAAAGCCCUCAUGUCGAGAGGAUUGAUCGGGAGUGUAAACCCUCCGAUUUCAUCUGUCUUGAUAUGUAGAGAUGAUGAGUUCUUGAAAAGAUACGUGAUGAAGCACGGCAAGCUCGUGCCUGAGCUGAUGGAUAUCUAUACCGGAGGUCUUGUUUCAUAG